AUGAAAAACGCGUCAGUCGACGUCACUGUGGGUGAACUCCUAGCAGUUUCGGGGACUGACCGCGACUCCAUUCUAAAGGACUCUUCGAAGAAACGAGUACCGGUUCAGAAGUCCAUGCUUCAAGAAACUGGCCGCGUCGUUGAAGACGUCUGGGAUGGAGAACUGAGCUACAACCUAGUCAGUGCUAAGGAAUUGCCCGAGCCUGUGUUCUAUCAUAACACAGUUGAAGGAGAAAUUCCCAUUGGCGCAGUUGUCGCGACGGAUCCAUAUGAGAUGUACUUGGAGUCGAUACCCUCUAAUGAGAACCCAAGACAUGUCUAUGUUGGUGAUUCGUCGGCUGCUCUCAGAACAAUAAACGGACGGAUUAACGCGCGUCUCGACGCGGACUGCAUCCUAGACAGUGGAUCUCAGAUUGUAUCGAUGGCUUUCUCAGAAGCCGUCGACGCACAAUUGAGCUGGGACCCAAAGGUCGUCAUAUAUAUGGAAAGCGCAAAUGGAUCUAUCUCUAAGUCACUGGAAUUAGCGAGAAAUGUACCCUUCAGGUUUGGGACCAUCUUGGUCUACCUGCAGGUGCACAUUUUGGAAAGUCCAGCUUAUAAGGUGUUGCUCGGCAGACCGUUUGAUAUCGCGACAGAAAGCAAUAUCAAGAACGCGGCCGACGGCAGCCAAAUAAUCACUAUGCGCGAUCCCAAUUUAAAGACACGUUGUGCAAUGGCUACGCAGCCACGUCGUGCAGACGACUUGCCGCGUAACACUAAAAACAACGACGGAUCUACCGAGCCCUACAGUUCGUCGAAACCGACGACCAGUCCAGACGAACCGAACCCUGAACGGGAUUUUCAAAGAGCUUCGAGGAAUUGA